CAAACUAAGAAACUUCCUGUAUAAAGUGGAAAACAGAAGUAAAGGCUUUAUCUUUCCUUCAUUUCGAUCGAAAUCAACACAAAAAGAAAGAGAUGUGGAGAAUCAAUAAUAAUGUGUUUCUGUUGAUGGGAUUAUGGGCCUUCAUUUCUUCAUCUUCUUCUACAGUCUUUGCCUCUGUGACCUACGAUGGAAAAUCUCUCAUUAUCAAUGGCCAAAGAAGGAUUCUCAUUUCUGGCUCCAUUCACUAUCCCAGAAGCACCCCUCAGAUGUGGCCGGAUCUCAUACAGAAGGCCAAAAAUGGCGGAUUGGAUGUUAUACAGACUUAUGUAUUCUGGAACGCACAUGAACCCACCCCUGGAAAUUACUAUUUUGAAGGGAGAUAUGAUCUUGUGGGUUUCCUUAAACUGAUUCAACAAGCUGGUCUUUAUGCCCAUCUCAGAAUCGGGCCCUACGUUUGUGCAGAAUGGAAUUUUGGAGGAUUCCCUGUUUGGUUGAAGUACAUUCCUGGGAUAGAAUUUAGAACAGAUAAUCAACCAUUCAAGGCUGCGAUGCAGAAAUUCACCCGAAAAAUCGUCCAUUUGAUGAAGUCUGAAAAUUUGUUUGCAUCUCAAGGUGGACCAAUAAUCUUGUCCCAGAUAGAGAAUGAGUAUGGACCGAUAGAAUGGGAGAUUGGUGCACCGGGUAAGGCCUACACAAAAUGGUUCUCACGAAUGGCAGUUGGUCUUAACACUGGCAUACCGUGGGUAAUGUGCAAGCAAGAAACUGCCCCUGAUCCUUUUAUAGACACUUGUAACGGUUUCUACUGCGAAAAGUUUAAGCCCAACAACAAUAACAAACCAAAGAUGUUCACUGAAAAUUGGACCGGGUGGUACACUGCUUUUGGUGGUCCGGUUCCUUAUAGACCAGUGGAGGACCUGGCUUAUUCAGUGGCUAGAUUUAUUCAAAACAAUGGCUCUUUUGUCAAUUACUAUAUGUAUCACGGGGGAACGAAUUUUGGCCGAACAGCAGCUGGCUUGUUCGUAACAACUAGCUAUGACUAUGAUGCUCCCAUCGAUGAGUAUGGAUUGAUAAGGGAACCAAAAUGGAGUCAUUUGAGAAGUAUGCAUAAAGCUAUCAAACAAGCUGAACCUGCUUUACUUUCAGCCUAUCCAACCGUCACUUGGCCUGGGAAUAAUUUGGAGGUUCAUGUCUUCGAAUCAAAAACCGCUUGUGCUGCAUUUCUGGCUAACUAUGACCCGAAAUCCUCAGCAGCUAUGAAAUUCAGGAAUAGAAAAUAUAACUUGCCUGCAUGGUCUGUCAGCAUUCUUCCAGACUGCAAAACCGAGGUUUUCAACACUGCGAAGGUUCUCAAUAAAGGCGGUCUAGCAAAGAUGAUUCCAGUUAACGAUUUAUCGUUCUCGUGGCAAUCUUACAUUGAGCAGACGGUUACUACAGACGAUGCAGAUACCCUACAAAUGCAGGGGAUGUGGGAACAACUAAACGUCACUAGAGACUCGUCUGAUUAUUUGUGGUAUUUGACAGAUGUGAAUAUACAUUCCAAUGAAGGUUUUCUAAAGAACGGACAAGAUCCCAUUCUUAAAGUCAUGUCAGCUGGCCAUGUUUUGCAUGUAUUCGUCAAUGGAAAGCUUUUAGGCACGGUUUAUGGAACAUCAAACGACACAAGACUGACGUUUAGUGACGGUUUAAAGUUAGCCGCUGGUGUAAACAAGAUUUCGCUACUAAGUGUUACCGUUGGUCUUCCUAACACUGGCUUGCAUUUCGAACGAUACAGUAGUGGAGUUCUUGGACCAGUCACGAUAGAGGGUCUUGAUGAGGGGACAAGAGACUUGACGGAACAUCAAUGGUCUUACAAGGUUGGAUUAAAAGGCGAAUCUUUAAGCCUCCAUACCGAUAGUGGAUCAUCUUCUGUAGAAUGGAUUGGAGGAUCAUUGCUAGUGCAGAAACAACCCUUGACAUGGUACAAGGCCAUUUUCGACGCGCCAACAGGGGAUGAUCCUUUGGCUUUCGACAUGAAAACGAUGGGAAAAGGCGAAAUAUGGGUAAACGGGCAAAGCAUUGGCCGGCAUUGGCCUGCAUAUAUAGCAAGUGGAAACUGUAAUGAUUGUAACUAUGGUGGGAUAUUUAGUGACAGUAAAUGUGUGACCAAUUGUGGAGAGCCAUCACAGAGAUGGUACCACGUUCCUCGGGCAUGGCUGAAACCGACAGGGAACUUGGCGGUGGUGUUUGAGGAAUUGGGUGGUGACCCGACUGGGAUAUCUUUAGCGAGAAGAUCAUCUGGUGAGGUUGGUAUCAACGGGUCUUUGGAGAUGGUCUCCACUGUUUGAAGGAAAUUGAAAUUUUAGUUAUUUUAAUAUUGUGCCUGAUGGGCUGAAUGUAUGAGGAAACAGUUUAUUAUUAUGUACAAAGAAUUACAAUUAUUUAAUAAAACAGUUUACACAAUUAUCUCUAAACUAAUGAAAGUAGUUGGUUGUAAA